AUGUCAAAGUUACGAUCAGGGAAGUCUCACAAGCCGAUCCUGCUAACCAACUACAACGUCACCGGCCCCGAAUGCGAGAAGUUUGGGCUGAACUACGAAAUUCUGCGUUCAGCAAAUCCCAAGAAUGAGAUAAAGGUCUGGGAAGCUGCGUUGGCAACAUCGGCUGCACCUCCCUACUUCAAGCCGUAUGUUCAAUCUGCUACUGGGAAAUCUUUCGUAGAUGGUGGUUUGCAUUACAAUUGUCCCGCUUGGGUUGCUCAUCAUAAGCGUCAGAUUCUAUGGAAGGAUGUCCAAUAUCAACAGCCCGAUGUACUGCUAUCUCUCGGAACUGGUCGGGUACCAGUCCCCCAGCCAACAAAAAGGGGGUUUCGCAACUUGGUCAACAUCAUCCUCGAUAUGGUUCAGGGCCAACUGAACAGUGAGGAGGCCUGA